GUUUUUUUUUUCAUUUUUCUUUUUUGAAACGGAGUUGCUCUGAUGUAUUGAUCGAUUGAUGAUGUCCGAAAUUCAGUUGCUCGGAUGUAUCGAUCGAUUGAUGCACCAUGCUGUGCAAAAUUUCAGGCAUUGUAGUAUUCCCUCUCUGAUGUUUUGACAUUGUAGUACUGUUGAAUUGACUGAACCCACCAUUAGGGGGCGUCUGAUGUAUUGAUCUAAUCACAUGUAAGUUCGAUGUUUUUGUUGGACAAAAUUACAAGGAAUUCAAGGAAAUAAAAUACAACUGUGUAACUUCCAGUUGCCAUACUUGAGUAACUAUACAGACUACUCGUUCAUUGAAAACAACCAGCAAAACAAGCCUUUCACCUUAUGGGUUACUAAUUUAGUAAGGAAGACUUGCUAGACGGCCCAGAAAGCAUUAAAUUCUACUCCUGACGCAUGAUAGAGCUCACAUUCAGUAAAGAACGUUUCCCUUAAGGAUCUGAACUUACCGGCUCUAGUGAAUGAUGUUUCCCUUAAGGAUUUGAACUUACCUCCCCAGACAGAUACACAGGACGACCCUCUGCUGUAGCCUUAACAGGAUCAAACAAGCUUCCAUUUUCAUUGAAAAUCUUAUCGGCUCACAAUUUUGAUGAAAAUCUCUAGAUCCAUGAAUUAAACUAGACUUAAUAAAUAGAGUUGCAGUAACAGCUAAACAGAUUUUUUUAAAAGUAUCGAAAGUUACCUCAUAGUAGAUAGACUCAUGCAGGAGAACAUAAAGAGGAUUUUGAUAAAAAAGUAACCAUAUUUCAAACCGCAGAAAAUAUAAUGAUUAUUGGUUACCCAUUUGAUACACUGAAGUGGAAAAAAAGAAAAACUAUAGAACAUUUCCCACUCGGAACAUGCUAAAUUUCGAAGACCAACAUUAUAGUGGAAUCUGCUUAGCCCAAAAACACUGUAACUAGCGCUAGGCAAAACUGAAUUUGGGUAGUAACAAAUGGCUAGUCUGAUGCAGAUGCUCUAAGCAUCUACCAACAGAAACACCUCAGCAAUAUUUUUAUCUUUCUUCCUUUUAUGAGGCUCAUGCCUUAGUAAUGUUUACCUCUGCACCAAUGCAAUGUGCAUGCCAUCGCUUGCUUUUACAUGCCGUUCGCCUACAUACGCCUACGCCGGUUCAACAUGUAUAAUCGCAGACAGAAGUAUAAUAACAUGGGCAUGCGGGUUCUCCGUGGCUCGGAGACCGUGAGUACAUACACAGCCCAUUGGUUUUACAUGUGCUCAGCUCACAUGCUAUGCUCUCUUUCGUAAUUCGUAUCAACGCUGCUAAACUGGUUUCAACUUGCUAUGUACUUGGGUGUAGAUCUAGGUAAGACAAGCAGAAUAGCUAUACUAAACAGAGUGUACGUUGGAUGCUGUUUCAACUUGCUAAUAUCAUACAGUACUUGGGUGUGGAUCUAGAGAAAGCAAACACACAAUAGCUACUAAACAAAGUGUACGUUGGGAGUUGUUUUACAGUACCCUGACCCCUCCAAUAGGACCAAUACUCUCAGUUUUUCGGGAGGUAAGUUCAGAGAAGGUAGUUUUCGGAGUUACUGGAGAUGCUUUUACACAGCUUUUAGGUUCCUUGUCUCCACUUCCUUUCAUUCCCCUUUCACCAACGGUAGCACCCCAUUCCAAUUGUAGCCUUGGCGAGAGAGCUCCACACAGGAGGCGACUACGCAAGAAGUAGUAUCUCUGCUCUUUCACCAAUUUGGAUCUGCUCGAUUUCGGUUGUUGCUCAGUUUCUUCUUCUUCUUCGGAUCUGCAAGAUCAUGGCCGAAUCACUGCUUCUCCCUUUGGUGCGCGGUGUGGCCGGCAAGGCCACAGAUGCACUCGUCCAGACUGUGACCCGCAUGUGUGGCCUCGACGACGACCGUGAAACGCUGGAGCGCCAUCUGCUAGCCGUGGAGUGCAAGCUGGCCAACGCGGAGGAAAAGAGCCAGAAAAAUGCCUACCUUAAGAGCUGGAUGGAGAAGCUCAAGGCCGUUGCCUGCGAGGCCGACGACGUCCUCGACGACUUCCAGUACGAGGCACUGCGUCGUGAAGCCCAGAUCGGCAAGUCCACUUCCUGCAAGGUACUCGGCUACAUCACGCGCCGCAGCCCGCUGCUCUUCCGUUUUGCCAUGAGCAGGAAGCUCAAGGGAGUCCUUGAGAAGAUCAAUACGUUAGUCAAGGAGAUGAACAAGUUUGGCCUUGAGAAUUCUGUCCAUCAGCAGGAGCCCCAACUUCCUUGGCGGCAGACUCACUCCAAACUGGAUGAGUCUACCGACAUCUUUGGAAGAGAUGAUGACAAGGAGAGGGUAGUGAAGCUGCUGCUAGACCAGCAAGAUCAGCAGAAGGUUCAGGUGCUGCCCAUCUUUGGUAUGGGAGGUCUUGGCAAGACGGCACUUACUAAGAUGGUGUACAACGACCAAAAGGUCCAGCAGCAUUUCCAGUUGAAGAUGUGGCACUGCGUUUCAGACAGUUUUGAUGUUAUUGCUAUUGUCAAAUCGAUGAUUGAAUUGGCUAUAAAUGAUAUGCCAAAAGAAGAAAAAGAAAAGGUUACAACCGGGAAUUGGUACCUGUCUGGCAACAUCGAGCUGUUGCAGAAGAAACUUAAUGAAGUCAUUGGCCGGAAAAGAUUUUUACUUGUUCUUGAUGAUGUAUGGAACGAAGAGAAGAGGAUGUGGGAUGAUGAAUUGAAGCCACUGUUGUGUUCUCUUGGUGGCCCAGGAAGUGUUAUAGUGGUCACAUGUCGAAGCAAGCAAGUGGCCUUAAUAAUGUGCACAGUUAAUCCCCAUGAGCUAACAUUUCUGAGUGAAGAAGAUUCAUGGAAAUUGUUUUCGAACAAGGCAUUUAGCAAUGGCAUAGAGUACCAAGCAGAGUUAGAAACCACCGGAAGACGUAUUGUGAAUAAAUGUGGGGGUUUGCCUCUUGCUCUGAAGACAAUGGGUGGAUUGCUGAGCUCAAAGAGACAAGUACAGGAAUGGAAGGCCAUUGAAGAAAGUAACAUUGGGGAUAAUGUUGGAGGCAAACAUGAGGUCAUGCCCAUACUAAAGUUAAGCUACAAACACCUAUCACCUGAAAUGAAGCAAUGUUUUGCAAUUUGUGCACUUUUCCAGAAGGAUUAUGAGAUGCAGAAGGAUAUGCUGAUCCAACUAUGGAUGGCAAAUGACUUUAUUCAAGAAGAGGGAACAAUGGAUUUAACACAGAAAGGAGAAUUCAUUUUUGAUGAGUUGGUUUGGAGGUCCUUCCUCCAGGAUAAGAAAGUGAAAGCUAUAUCUGGUUCGCGUAUUUGUAGCGAUGAAUAUGAGACAGUAGUAUGUAAAAUGCAUGACUUAAUGCACGACUUAGCUAGAGAUAUUAACAAUGAAUGUGCCGCCAUAGAAGAUUUGUUUGAACAGAAGGCAUUGGUAAACAAUGUCUGUCACCUGCAAAUGUCAGAGGUUAAAUUGGAAAAGAUCUGUGGAUUGUUUGAUGGCAAAUCUCAUGUCCGAACUUUGUUAGCUCCCUCAAAUAUACACCAGGAUUUUAAGCUGCUGCCACAUGUAUCAUUACGAGCAUUGCAGUGGCAGAGUGUGCGCAUCAGUUUCAAGGCAAAGAAUGCAAAACAUUUACGGUAUCUUGACCUCUCCAAUUGUGACAUCAAUGCUAGUUUGCUAGAUUCCAUAUGUCUGUUGUAUAACCUGCAAACUUUGAGGCUCAAUCACUGCAAGGGACUACGGCAAUUUCCAGAAGACAUGAUGAUGAGCCUGAGAAAGCUCAUACAUGUUUAUCUUUAUGGAUGUUCUAAUCUGAAGCGGAUGCCUCGAAACAUUGGUCAGCUGAACAACCUUCGCACACUAACAAGAUUUAUUGUGGAUACGAGAGAUGGUUGUGGUAUUGAGGAGCUCAAAGACCUGCGACACCUUAGCAACAGGUUGGAACUGUACAACUUGAGAAAAAUAAAGAGUGUAAAUCAUGCAAAAGAAGCCAAUCUCAAGCAGAAGCAAAAUCUGAGUGAGUUGUUGUUCUGUUGGGACUUUGAAAGAUUUGACAGGACCAAAAAUGAGGCAUGUAAUGAGGAAGAAGUGUUCCAGCAUCUAGAACCUCAUAGCAAGAUCCAAAUUUUUGAGUUGUACGGAUAUGGUGGCAAAGAAAUACCACGAUGGAUGAGAUACCCUCAUAUGUUUCAGUGCUUAAGAAAACUCACAAUUUCCAACUGGACAAGGUGUAAGAAUAUACCUGUAGUAUGGCUCUCACCCUCACUGGAAUUCUUAUGCUUGAUCAACAUGGGUAAGCUGAAGACAUUAUGUGAUAAUCUUUGCAUAGAAGGUGGAGGACGCAGUACCCCUCUACAAUUUUUCCCAAAGUUGAAGGAGAUGAGCUUGGAAGAGCUACCUAGUCUAGAGGGAUGGGCAGAAAACAGUGCGGGUGUGGCCAUUGAUAGCUCAGUUAUAUUCCCGGUGCUUGAGAAGCUAAAAGUUAGCUGCUGCCCUAAGCUUGCAAGUUUUCCACUGAGCAGCCCCGUUCUCAAAGACCUGAAGUUAGCGGGAGAUUACUUGGAGGUGGAGUGUUUAUGGGAUAUUGCAAGGUUGCCUUCGAACCUUCGAACAUCCCUUGAAACUUUGUGGAUUCAAUGCUCCCCACGUUUGGUGGCGCUGCCUUCGAACCUUGGAGAUCUGGCAAAGCUGAGCGACCUACUGGUGAAUUGCUGCCCGAGCCUGAAAGGGUUGCCUGACGGGAUGGAUGGCCUCACUUCUCUUCGGAAAUUGACGAUCUCUCAUUGUCCAGCGGCGGAGGAAUUGCCGAAUGGUCUCCUUCAGCGGUUGCCAGCCCUUCACGAACUGUGCAUAAGGUGCUGCCCCGAGUUGGAAAGACGAUGCAGAGAAGGCGGGGAGUAUUUCCAGCACUUGUCUCCUAUCCCACGUAGAAGAGGAUUCAGAACUGGAGGAGAAUCCAGAAUUAUAGCACCAAAAGCAGAAACCAGCGGAAAGAAGUUUCUAAGAAGGCUCCUCCCCUCCUGUGCUCACUCCAAGUCUGACUGACGAUAACUGAGGAGGAUGGGGGUAUUGAUGAAGAUGUGAACCAUCGGAUCAAAGCCGGAUGGAUGAAGUGGUGCCAAACUUCUGGCAUUCUCUGUGACAAGAGAGUGCCACAAAAGUUAAA